UUUUCUUCGGAGGUCUUACAUUCGCGAACGGAGCGGAACUCAGUAAACGACAAGGCUGCCCAAAAGUUUACACCUUUGGCGCCCGUGAAACCACUGUCUCUCAAGGCUAUGGAUCUGCUGGAGCUCUCGUCAACCAGAUCAAGUCUGCUUUCCCCGGAUCAGGUGCAGAAGCCAUUGUUUACCCGGCAUGCGGUGGCCAGGCAAGCUGCGGCGGUAUCAGCUAUGACAGUUCGGCAUCCCAAGGAACGGCGGAGGUGGUGAAGGCUAUUACGAAUUACAACAAGAAGUGCCCCAAUACCCAGAUCAUUCUAGUUGGAUACUCUCAGGGGGGCCAAAUUAUGGACAAUGCUCUGUGUGGAGGUGCUGGAACGCCGCUCUCCGGUCCGGCCUUGGCUGCUGUCAAGGCAGCGAUCUUGAUGGGAGAUCCACACAAUGUUUCUGGUCUUCCAUACAAUGUCGGCACCUGCAAAACUGGUGGCUUUGCCGCUCGUCCCAAGGGUUUCAGCUGCCCUGGUGGUGACAAGAUCCAGUCUUACUGCGAUUCUCCUGACCCGUAUUGUUGCAAGGGAAAUGAUCAGCAAACCCACCAAGGAUAUGUUGGAAAAUACGGCACGCAAGCCAUGGAAUUCAUUAAGAGCAAGAUACUGCUUAGCUGAGACUUCUAGACCAGAGGUCUUGGAAUUGGCAAACAACACAAUCCGCAAAAUCGAACGCGCGAUUCAGUCCGCUCGUGAUACCAACGAAAGAUAAAACUACAGACAUCACAAGUGCCGACUGAUCCCAUGUAGCAAAGUUCUACUCGGUAUUUGAGUAUUUUAAGCAUAUAGAAACAGAAUACCCAUAG